CUAGAACCCACUUGCUUUACGCGCCAAAAAGUUAUGAUCUUGUUAUUCUUAGUGAAAGUGGCUGUGUUAUGUGUUUUUGUAGAUAGUUUCUUAUAUUUUAAAAGAAUUUUGUUCAUCAUGAAUGUGUCUAAAGAAGAAAUAGCAUCUUAUUUCCAAGAACUCAACAUCUCAGCUUCAAACGACGUUCUCAAUAAAUGCCUGGAGAUGUGCAUUGCUUACAAUAUUGGGGCUGAGGAUUUUUGUGAUCAAUGGUACGCUUAUACUGCCUCGAACCUAAACGGGGCCCUCCCCACCGUUGAUCAUUUACAAAAAAUGGAGAGGAAAGAAUUUCAGAAUAACAGGGAACAAAGUUUUUCAAGACAGACUCUUUCCACACCGAAACAAAGUUCCUACAUUGUUUCAGACGACUCAGAUGCUAGUGCCUUGGUCAGUUCUUAUUCUACAACUCCGAAGAGCAACCAAAUUCAAACUCCUACCCGCGAGAGGAGAGUUCCUAAAACUCCUAUUGCUAAAGAUCUUUCUGAAAGUUACAGUAGCAAUAGUACUCCAUCAAUUUCAACAUCAGAAAAGUAUACUCAGCGUUCAGACUCUAGAUCAGUACAAUGUUUUUACGGGUCAACAACCGCUAAAUUCAAAAGAGAAUCUGAUUUAUCUAUAUCUGUUAAGAAUUAUAAUGAUGACUAUUUGACCGCCGAUGUUAGAUAUAUGUACGAAAUCAUGGGAAAAAAAGCUAAAAGUCUGAAUAACAUGACACAUACAUUAGGACACGAUAUAUUGAAGAACCAUGGGCUAGUUUUGUCAGAAGGUCUUUUGAAAACCCAUUUGGGUGAGAUGACUACUUAUGGGAGGAUAGUGUCUGACUCGGACGGUAAAAUAAAUGUUCAAUCAAUACUGCUCGAAGGUACUUACGAGACAAACUUGAAUCACGCCUCCACAUUGAAUAUUCAGAAAAUGACAAAAUAUUCUUUGUUUCCUGGUCAAGUCGCUGUAGUCCAAGGAAAUAAUGUCAAUUCAAAUACUUUCAUUGCCGAGAACAUUUUUACAGAUGCAGAACUGAAUUUGCCUGAAGAACCAGUGGUGUUGAAUGAGCCCAUGCAAAUUGUGGUAGCAGCAGGACCGUUCACGCUACAAGACAACCUGUCUUACGAGCCCCUACACGACCUUCUGAAGUACGUCACAGAGCACCAACCCCACGUUUUGAUAUUGAUGGGGCCCUUCCUCGAACGUUCCCAUGGAAGCAUCCACAACGGAGGGUUGCCCCAAACGUUCGAUUCGUUUUUCGAGGGGCUGAUAGAAAAUAUCAUGAACAACCUUCAACAAGUUGCCGUGCAUGUCGUUGUAGUUUCUUCGAAAAAGGACGCCCAUCAUCACCCUGUGUAUCCGACGCCACCUUAUAGGAUCAUAGAGCAGUAUCCCAACCUCACUUUCGUCCCGGAUCCUUGCUUGAUUGAUAUCAAUGGGCUUGUUAUUGGGGCGACGACUGCUGAUGUGUUGUUACAUAUCAGCAAUUUUGAAUUAUAUUUGGACAAAAAUUCUAAUGGACCCGUAGAUAGGAUGGGUCGUAUGGCAUCUCAUAUUUUGAACCAACAUAGCUUCUAUCCACUAUACCCCCCUCUCAAGGAUAUGUGUAUAGACCAUGAGCUGCUGGAACAGUUUGGCACUUUGCACUGCAAACCACACAUUUUGGUGCUUCCCUCAAAUUUGCGCCAUUUUAUCAAGAAUAUUCAAGACUGUUUGGUAGUGAACCCUGAGAGGGUGACUAAAGGUUAUGUAGCGGGAACGUUUGCUAGAAUAGAAAUAAGCCAAGGAAGUAGCAAAUCUGUUUGUGAUCGAGCAUCAUCGCAAAUUCUCAGGGUUUGAUUACAGGUUAAUAAUUUAUACCAAAUUGAUUUGUUUGUUAGAAAUCAAUAUAUUUAAUAAAUC